GUGUUCAUGACCAUGUAAUUGGCAAGAACGAACAUUCUACAACGUCGCAGCCGAAGUCGAUGUUUUUGUGUCAAAUGCCUACCAAUUAAAAAUUUUACCUGGCACUGUUAUAGAGUGUUUUAUAAGAGAAGGACAGUUCAUUGUUAUGAGACAAGGGGAUAAUAAAGACACAUACAGAUGCAUAAAAGUCAUCGACGUGUGUGAGGACAGCUUUGUAGUGAUACAGACGCCUACUUACCAACUGGACUCUCCUCCAAAUUUGUGUGACAUCUGCACUCCUGGGAAACUUACCAGCAAACCACAAGUCUGGGUCGCAAAAGAGAAAACUCUUUUAGGAUGUAAUGUACCAAAGAACUGUCCUCCAGGAAACAAUAGAUACAAUAUAUGUAAUGGAUGUGAAGAAAAUCAACCAAAUGAUGACAUAUGCUGUAACUCUUGCGAAAUGGCAAAUUCCGGAGAGGAGAACAAAUCAACCUAUGGUGCAUAUCCCAUAGAGGAGAACUAAUCAACAUAUGGUUCAUAUCCUGUCGAGGAGAACCAAUCAACCUAGAAGUUAUUACAAACGCUAAACAUACAAGUAUGCUGAACCACUUUCAUUUCUCAAUAGAGAAAGCAAAUAAUUGAAAUUAAAUAUCAGCAAUUCAG